AUGUCAUCUGAAACAAUGGGACAGGAUGGCGAUGGUCAGGAAGAAAGGGGAAAACGCGGCGUGUUCAGCACAAGUGGAGGCCUAAAGCUAGCCUACGUGAGUGGACUGGAGGACUCAGAUAGUUCGGCCUGCAGUUUCACGGCAGCCGAUGUGACGAGAGUACGAGACUCGUGUAUCAAGGGCCAACCCUCGUAUCGGGGCAUCGACAUACUGCUUACGUCCCAAUGGCCCCAGGGAGUGUUGCAACGCGAUGAAAAUGCUAAAGUGAAAGCCCCAAAAGGGUCCGAACUUUUGUCUUGGUUGGCAGUUCAAUUGAAACCCAGAUACCAUUUUGUUGGCUUGGAAGGUAUAUUUUAUGAAAGGCCGCCAUACAGGAAUCUGGACACAGGGAGUGACAGUGGAGCACAUCUAACCCGCUUCAUGUCACUGGGUGAGGUGGGUGGUGACGCACGGUGGUUGUACGCUGCCAGCCUGACACCUGUGGACAUCAUGUCUGCGCAGGAGCUGCGCCAGCAGACGACAGACCAGACCGAACUGCCGUAUACGGGCCGAGCGUUGUCAGCCACAGUGAGCGGUGCGAGUGACAAUAGUGCAGGGCACCAGUACUUCUACGACAUGACACCGGCCAAACAAUCACGUGAUGGUGACGGUCCCAGGGAGAAACGAGCGAAAAUGGAAUUUGAUCAAAGUUCAUGUUGGUUCUGCCUUUCCAGCCCUCAGGUGGAGAAACAUUUGGUCAUCAGCAUUGGACAAGAAGUGUACUUGGCCCUAGCAAAGGGAGGUCUUGUGGACGGUCAUGUGUUAAUUUUACCAGUAACACACCAUCAGGCUGCCGCUCACCUGCCAGACUCGGUCACUGCAGAGAUUCAAAAAUUCCAAGAUGCUCUAAGGAAAUGCUACGCCAAAGAUGGUAAAGUACCUGUGUUCUUCGAGCGGAACUAUAAGACUUCACACUUACAAAUUCAAGUAAUACCAGUCUCUAAAAGUGUCAGUCCCAAACUGAAAAUGGUGUUUGAGGACCAUGCAGAAGCGGAAGGGUUCAGUGUGGACGAGUUACCACCUCAUGCUCGUCUUGACCAGAUCGUCCAGCCCAACACCCCCUACUUCUAUGUGGAGCUGCCGAGUGGAGAGAGACUUUACCAUAGGGUCAGGAAACACUUCCCAUUGCAUUUCGGCAGAGAAGUUCUUGCAAGUUCACAAGUAUUGGAUAUGGAAGAGAGAGCAGAUUGGAAAAACUGUUCAUUGUCCAAAGACGAAGAGGCCAGGAUGGCAUUGAAGUUCAGAGCAAUGUUUAAACCAUUUGACUUUACACUGUAAAUGUUUUUUUUUUUUCAAUAAAAUGACUUUUGUACAAAUAAACAUAUUUAUGUACUA